AUGUUCGGCUCUUAUCGACGGCCUGAACACAUCACCCCUUCCUCCCCUGAUCGACUCGACGGUCGCGCCUACUUGUUGAACACCAUCGUGAAGGCGGUCGGCUUCUUGCUCAUCACUUUUCUUUUUCACCCACCGAGAUACUCGUUUCACAAGAUGUUCCCUUGCAUCAUGGCCGAAUUCAUCUUCCAGCAGGUUCGUCGCCCUUUCGUCAUUUUCAAUCCCAGUGAUACCUGCCAGCUCUUGUAG